CAAGCGACCUUCCUCAAUUUUACAAUGAGUUUUUCUCCCUUGUACUUCAGGCGCUUACCUCAAGAAACUUUUGUAAGGAAACAUACAGUGCAUCUCUUUAGAGAAUUGUUCCACUGGUUCAGAAUCGUAACUUUGCGGUGUGAAAACCCUACGUAAACAGAAGUCAAGUAACUUACUGAUGCGUGACGCUUAUCGGUCGUAGAGGAGGAUAUUGAAAUUAUGGAUGAAACAGCCGAUCAAACACACGAAGAACCACAUGAUCAGACUUUAGGUUCGGUGCCUUCGACAUCCUUUCAAAAAUCUCCUGGAGGUCCUAAAGGCAAAAAUGUGGUAGUCUUAUUAUCCAGAGAUGUUGCAUAUAGAUAUGGUCAAGUCUUUAUGCCGGACACCGCAGGAAUGGUGCAGAUUAAAAAACCAUCCCGAGGACAGUUUGCAAAAGAUUUGUUCUUCACUUGGGAGAUGUCAGAAGAUGACGUGUGCUCUCUACUAUGUUCCAAGUUGCCAGUUUUGCAAAAUCGAAGAUUCUGCUGUGCCUCUGCAGUAGAUAAUCGAACAAGGCUGGAAUUUAAUGGGGAGAAGAGAAUUUGGGAUGGGCAAGACAUUAGAAAGAAUAUAAAAGGAAAUUCAGCUCUUUACAUCCUUGAGAUUCCUCAUGACACUGUAGAGGAUUCCUCUGGCAUUGAUGCACAUGUUGUUAGUAGUGAUGUGAAUAACUCAGAAGGAGAUUUUCCUGAUUUGAAUGAUGUCAGUUUUAAGAUAAGCAUUAAUCCACAGAGGGUUCCUUUACAGGGAGGAUACCCAUUUGUGAUAAAAUUCACUCCUGAUCUUCCACCAAAUGUUAUAGCAGGAUAUGCUGUCUUUGAAGAAUUAAGAGCGGUCCGGGAAUUAGAUAGAUCAAAUAACAACUCUCUAGUUGGUUAUGACAUCCCACCUGCUGAAAGGCCAGGCAUGGUCAAGGUGAGAGUACAAGUAAAGGAGGAUUUAGCACAUCUUGGUACCACUUCAAUUGAAUAUUUCAAUACUCAAACGGAGACCCUCAAGCAACUGGUCCAUGAUCCCAAUCUACAAAACAUGUUUUUCAAAGAGUGGGCGAAUGGAUGCGGAAAAAGCUGCACUACCAUUACAGAUGGCAUCCUACAUUCUUCACAAUUUGGAUUUAUGGAUCCAUCAGCCUCAGGUUUGCCAUCAGUUCAGGGUUUAAAACUGUUGGUAUAUACAGCAGCAGAAACUGGGGGUCAAAAAUUUCUUGAAGUCGUCUUUAACUCAUCAGCUGGAAGUGUGGUUUUCAAUGCAUAUAAGAACAUUCCUCUAUUACCAGAAGCAGUUGCAAGAACAAAUGGCUAUGAGGAUACUGCACAAUUUCUCGAAUCCAUAACUAAAAGGUUGUCCGCAGAAAACACGACUGGUGAGGAACAAUUUAAGGUAGACCAUAUUGUAGAGCUUGCCAAAUGUGCCGAGCCGGUUCAAGAGCAGCUCCAUCAUAGUAGUUUUGAAGGAAAGUCUCCACUUGAAAAUGAUGGAAUCCCAGAAGUUGACUAUUUUGGAGAUGCUGAGAUAUCUUCCUCUAAUGAGUCAGAGCAGCAAGGCUUUAGUUCUGAAGAUGAAUGUUCUCAUGAAAAAGAUGGUAAUUCAGCGGAAGAUUCGCGCUCUUACUCAGAGGAACAACUAGAUCAAAUGGUAAAGGAAGUACAAGGUAGGAAUGGCUCCCACCUUGAACAUGGAGAUGAUCCUCGAAAGAAUAUAGAGUCUUUGCCUUACGUUGUAGCUGAUGAAGAGAGCAAUGAAAAUGCAAAUGUUUCUGUGGUUGGAGAAGUAGGUCGUAAGGUAUCCCUUGAUUCCGAAAAGACCGUAUCGAGGCUGACUAAAGGGGUUGCUGAUGACUCUCAGAAGGAAGUGGGAGACAAAGCUGGAGAGGGACGGGCCUAUGCAAAUCUUGGAAGUGGCUAUCAUAUGCUUGCCGAUUUUGGAAAGGCCAUCGAGUACCAUGAGCGCCAUCUAAAAAUUGGUAAAGAAGUUGGAGAUAAAGUUGGAGAAGGAAGGACAUAUGGAAAUAUUGGCAGUUGCUGUCGUAACCUUUGUGAUUUUAAAAAAGCCAUCGAGUACCAUAAGUGUGAUCUACAAAUUUCUAAAGAAGUGGGAGACAAAGCUGGAGAAGGAAUGGCUUACGGAAAUCUUGGUAACUGCUAUCGUAGCCUUGGCGAUUUUAAGAAGGCCAUAGAGUACCAUGAGCGAUAUCUACCAAUUGCUAAAGAAGUGGGAGACAAAGCUGGAGAGGGAGGGGCUUAUGGAAAUCUUGCCAAUGCCUAUCACAGCCUUGGCGAUUUAGAGAGGGCCAUCCAGUACCAUAAGCGUCACCUAAAAAAUGCUAAAAAAGUGGGAGACAAAGCUGGAGAGGGAAGGGCUUAUGGAAAUCUUGGCAAUGCCUAUCACAGCCUUGGCGAUUUUGAGAGGGCCAUCCAGUACUAUGAGCGUCACCUAAAAAAUGCUAAAAGCGUGGGAGACAAAGCUGGAGAGGGAGGGGCUUAUGGAAAUCUUGGCAAUGCCUAUCACAGCCUUGGCGAUUUCGAGAGGGCCAUCCAGUAUCAUGAGCGUUACCUAAAAAAUGCUAAAGAAGUUGGAGACAAAGGUGGAGAGGGACAGGCCCAUGGAAGUCUUGGCAAUGCCUAUCACAGCCUUGGAGAUUUUGAGAGGGCCAUCCAGUACCAUGAGAGUCACCUAGAAAAUGCUAAAGAAGUGGGAGACAAAGCUGGAGAGGGACAGGCCCAUGGAAAUCUUGGCAAUGCCUAUCACAGCCUUGGCGAUUUUGAGAGGGCCAUCCAGUACCAUGAGCGUCACCUAAAAAAUGCUAAAGAAGUGGGAGACAAAGCUGGAGAGGGA